CUUACCAAUAUCAUGCAAGCUGCGCAUAUCCGUCCAUGCCCCCAUUCAAACAUUUCUUCGCACUCCCCGAUCAUCGAUCAAUUCUCCCCACUUCGCGGUCACCCGGACUCGACUCGAGUCACUGAACUGCCAAAACACGCUCGACCCGUGUCACUGCCAUCGCCAUCUUUGACAACAAUGCCGACUCGUCUUGUGUUUCGGUCCGCUACCCGACACAACGACAAGAAAGCCAAAUCACGACAGCGGUGCCGAUGAACUCCCAUCCAACUAUUAGGGUUCCCGCCUAAAACGCCGGCCAGAGAGACACCAAAGUCAGAACUCAGCCUGCUUGCCGCACACGCGAGGGAACAAACGAAGACCACCUUACUUGGUCUUGGCUCUUUUCCUUCUCUUCUUUUUCUGCCAAUGUUUCGUGCGUGUCGUCGAAACGUUGAAACCGUCAGGCUUGCUCCUGCCCAGGACAUUCCCCGUCUUCGUCUUGUCAAACCUUCAGCCUCAUUUUCGCCUCGCCGCUCAGACUCGACUAACUCUCUUCGCCCUCAAAGAGUUGCAAACGGCCUCGUCCGGUUUCCCGGAUCCCACUCAGGGUUACCCUAUCUCGAAGGUUCAACCCAUUCCUGGUCACUUCUACCACCAGUUGGGGGCAAACACACAGACAAGAUCAUGCCUCUGCCAUCCACUUCAUGCUCCAAUACCACCAGUUUGGACGCCGAUUCCAAACUCUGCAUACCCGUCAAAAGUCAACGUCGCCAGCUCGGAUCCCUGUCACCUAGCCUAGAAUGGCAACUUAUGGCUUCUACUGCACAGACGUGCCCACUCUAUUCGUUCGAACACAUGCUUCAGUCUGCUCGUGCUAUUUUACACGAUCACUAUUCAGAUUCUGCCUUCGAACUCGAGCCAGAGAAGAGGGUUGCAACAGCUGCACACUCUGUCCAGCCGCCAGCGAGACCCAGACAUGCACUCAAGCUUCCACGGCUUCUGACCAGAAUAUCGCCGGGUGGGUUCGAAAAGUUCAACUUCAAACCCAUCGAACCACACAGCCAUGCACGAAACUGA